AUGGAGCCUGCAGAAGUGGUUCCAGAGGCGAGUUGGAGCUCAUUCAAUUCAACCAUGCCAAUUAAGGAGUCUGAGAUAAUGGCACAUUUGCUCGGUACCUACAACUUCCCAAUCGAGCAUGAUCAUCAUGACCCAAGCUUUGGAAAUCCAUCAAUAUCUUGGUCUUCUGAUCAUGUUUCUGAUUUGUACUAUUGUCUGGAUAGUGUUAAUGCCGACGCUAACACCAGCUCUUACUACUGGCCUCAAGGGGAUGAUAGUAGUAUGAGUACUAGUAGCUUCUUUGCUCCCCCUUCUGGAUAUGAGGGCUGCUAUCUUAGUGGAUCCAAUGAGGUCCCUGGGAUCAAUGCUAGCUCUGCAUCCAUGGAUUAUUACUUGGUGGGGGAGAAACUACCUACCUCAUCAGUUCAGGUGGCUUCCAUUAACCCUCCAAAUGUAGAUCCCAUAAGCUUGAAUGACAUGACUAACAGUGAUGAUAUGGGAGACUCCGGCAUGAAUAUCUCAGAAUUCACUAUUCCUGAUCAUUUGUCACAACCCAAAAGAAGGCUCCAUGUGAGCGAGGAUGAUAAGCCUGCUGAAAGUCCUAAGAAGAAGGUCCCUAAGACUUCCAAGAAGGUGCAAUCAAAGAGAGCUGAGAAGAGUACUAAAAGUGGCGAUGAGGAAGAGAGCAAUGUUGUUGUGAAUGGGCAGAGUUCCAGUUGCUGCAGCUCCGAGGACAACUGGAAUGCUUCCCAGGAACCCAAUGGAGGGGGCUGCACAAGUCCCAGCUCAAAAGGUCCUCCUGCUCUUAACUUGAAUGGCAAAACAAGAGCUAGCCGGGGGGCGGCGACCGACCCCCAAAGCCUCUAUGCAAGGAAAAGGAGGGAGAGAAUCAAUGAGAGGCUGAGGAUAUUACAGAAACUUGUACCUAAUGGAACAAAAGUAGACAUAAGCACAAUGCUGGAAGAGGCUGUUCAGUAUGUGAAGUUCUUGCAGCUCCAGAUCAAGCUUUUGAGCUCGGAUGAACUGUGGAUGUACGCUCCCAUAGCUUACAAUGGGAUGAGCAUUGGCCUCGAUUUAAGGAUCUCUCCUCAGCAGCAAUGA